AUGAGGUUGCCGACGGGGUGGUCCGACCAUGUCCAGUCAUGUCGCAGCAUCAACGUGUUAUCCGAGCCGCCGCUUGCAGCCGCCGUGGCCCACGGGAUUUGGUCGCUCGUGGGCCACAAAGCCGCCGCAUGUGCCGUGGACAUGGUGGGUCAACAUGGGGUUGCCGAUGGGGUGGUCCUGCCAUGGUGGGGCGACUUGGAGUUGCCGGCGGCAUGUCCAAUCACGCCCCAGGAUCAAUGGGUCGUUCAGCCGCUGCUUGUUGCAGGCGUGGCUCUCAAGUAG